GCUAGCAGUAGUCUUCAGCAGUGCCACGUCAGCAGUAACAAUGCCACGUCACAGUGCCACAUCAGCAGUGCCUCGCCACCAUGACGGGCACAGCUCUGGGCAUGCCAGGCCAACUGGCCAACGAGUCACUUGCCGACUACAAACAGCGGUUCCAGGCUCAGCUCGCUCUGAUCGAGGCUGAGGAACAGCGCCAGCUGGCAGCCGAGGCUGCCCGCCUACAAGCUGAAGCAGCGGCAACAGCUGAGAAGCAGCGGCUACAGGCUGAAGCAGACGCAGAUACCCAGGCACGCCGCAAGGAGGCCCAGGAUCUGUUGCAGCGGCAUGAAGCUGCUAGCAUCGAAAGACUCAAGUUUUGGCACUUUGAACCCAAUGGCGACGACGCGACACCGGAAGAGCAGCAUAAGGAGUUCCUCUCCAAACUCGUGACACGGUUGUUGUAUGCUUGCAACUACCAACGGUCCGAGUUAGAGAGACAGAACCAGGAACUGCAUCAACAGUACCAGGAUCUGAAGACACAGCACCAGGAGUUGGCGAACCUCCGCCGGAUGGUGCAGAGCCACGAGGAUGCUACACGGGCACUCAAUUCCCGUGUACUGGACCUGGAGCAAGUUGUACCAGGACCAGAUGCUGGUGAGUCCAGCAGUGCACCCUCUCACCGCCAACUGGAGCAACGCGUCGACCACGUCGUCGCAAUGCUCGGCGACAUCAGCACUUUCGCUGCGCCGACCACCAUCAGCAAUCAGUUGGAUACUUUGAAGACCGAGGUCCAGCAACUGCAGUCGACGAACACGGAUGGCAACAAUCCAAAGCAAUACAAGAUGCCAACUUUUCAACUUGAGAAGUUCGACGACUACACGCAUCAGGACCCGGUGCUCUGGUGGGAAGCUUUCACGACGCAACUUCGGAUUCUGCCUGUCGCCAAGCACGCGUACAUCGACGCCUUGUUCAUGAACUCAAAGGGCGGAUGCCAGAUCUGGUUAACCCGCCUGGCAGCCACCCACGGCGUCGACGUCGCAGAUUUGAAAGACAAGGUUACAUGGGAAGAGUUAACACGGCUGUGGAAGAAGCGGUUCAUCGUCGACGACACACCAGCACUCGCCAUCAACCGUCUCUUCACCAUGACUCAAGGCAACACAGCAACACGUGACAGGCUCACAGAAUGGCAGAAGAUCGCGGCAACGCCCGAUGUUGACUUACCAUUUCCACAUCUGCGCCGUGAGUUUUACAACAGGUCAUGCGCUGCAUUGAGCCAGGCACUUGGUGAUCGCGAGCAGUAUGCAACCUUCGCUGAGAUCAUUGACAAGGCGAGGGAGAUCAUCAAGACCAACAGGGCGGCUGCACACGAGAAGUCAACGUGGCAGCCAACCUAUGUGGAGAAGCUUCGCCGCCAUCUACUCGGGAAUUCAACAUCAUGGUCAAGACUUGAAGAGCUCGACCCGUUGACAUUUGCGAACUUCCAAUGGAUGCCCCUUCCCCGGUCCUGUCGAUUGUCGAAACCUCAUUGCAAUGUGCUCAAGGCACAAUUGCGGGAUUACUUGCACACUGCAGUACCGACUCCGUUGAUGGACGCCGGAGUAGAGGUUGUCAACCUUCACGCCUACAUCGCGAAGAUCGACCUCGAGUUCAAGACACAACGGUACGACGACAUCGACGCACCAUUGCUAUAUGUACGCAUUCAGAUCGGAGAGGCGACAUGCAGCGCUUUGAUCGAUUGCGGAGCAUCUCGCAACUACAUGAAUCAGGACUUCAUGCCCACGCAAGUCACGUUGGCGGACGGUCACACGCACAAGUCAAUCGACCGGUGCAUUGAUGACGUCCCAGUGUACUUUGCCCCUCAUGCAAGUGAGGCGGUGUCCUUUGACAUUCUGGACACCAAAUUCGACAUGAUCUUGGGCAUGUCAUGGCUGCGAACCGAGGAUCACCCGGUGAACUUCGAUCGCCGCACCGUUCACGUUCGUGAUCGGAACGGAGUACUAGUCCCAUGCACGGUAGCUCCUCCUCACCCUUCAGUCAGCUGUCACGUGGUAUCCGCCGCAAGAAUGCGAGCUUCCAUCAUUAGAGACGACAUCGAGGAGAUGGGGGUGUGUUUUCUCCACGCCCUCCCGCCCCAUGACGCUUCAUCGACGGACUCUUCUUCGGAUCCACGCAUCAUCGAGCUUCUCGACGCCUACGGCGACGUGUUCGAAGGCCUGCACGGAGUAGUACCGGAUCAGCCCAUCCGCCACGAGAUCAUCCUUGGGGACGGGGCCGUACCUCCGCGCGGUUGCAUCUACCGAAUGAGCGAGGAAGAGUUAAGGGUGCUUCGGGCACAACUCAACGACCUUCUGGAGAAAGGCAAGAUUCGGCCUAGCUCAUCGCCAUACGGUGCUCCUGUUCUCUUUGUCCGGAAGAAGAACAAGUCUUUGCGGUUGUGCAUCGAUUAUCGCAAGCUCCACGCGCAGACGAUCAGAAACGCCGACCCUCUCCCACGCAUCGACGACCUUCUCGAACGACUAGGCGGCGCCAAGUUCUUCUCCAAGCUGGACCUCAAGUCAGGAUAUCACCAACUCGAGAUUCGGAAGGAGGAUUGCUACAAGACCGCGUUUAAGACGCGAUAUGGGCAUUUCGAAUGGCUGGUUAUGCCAUUUGGCCUUACGAAUGCCCCGACCACUUUCCAAGCGGCUAUGACAACGGAGUUCCAACACAGGCUGGAUCGAUACGUACUUAUCUACCUCGACGACAUCCUGGUGUACAGCCGGAGUUUGGAGGAGCAUGUGGAACACCUGCGCACCGUUUUGGAGCGGCUGCGACAAGCCAAGUACAAAGCCAACCGCGACAAGUGCGAAUUCGCGCGGCAGGAGCUGGAGUACUUGGGACAUUAUGUGACGCCGCAAGGCAUCCGUCCGCUUACGGACAAGAUCGAGGCCCUACGAGUAUGGCCCGAGCCCACCAACACCACGGACGUUCGUUCAUUCAUGGGAUUGGCGGGCUACUAUCAGCGAUUCAUCACCGGAUACUCGAGGAUUGCUGCACCUAUGACGAGAUUGCAAUCGCUAAAGGUGCCAUUCGUAUUCGAUGACGACGCACGCCAGUCAUUCCAAGCACUUAAGACGGUCAUGCUCAUGGCACCCGUCCUUAGCAUCUAUGACCCCACCCUGCCGACAAGAGUGACUACAGACGCUUCCGGCGAUGGCAUUGGGGCAGUCUUGGAACAACACGACGGCGACGAUUGGCACCCUGUGGAGUAUUUCAGCCACAAAGUGCCUCCCAUCAACUCGCUUGAUGAUGCAAGGAAGAAGGAGCUGCUCGCAUUCGUCAUGGUUCUCAAGAGCUGGCGGCACUUCCUCCUUGGGCAUCGUAGGUUCACAUGGGUUACGGACAACAAUCCAUUGACCUACUACAUGACGCAGGAUACGGUGAGCAGUACGAUCGGACGAUGGAUGUACUUCAUCGACCACUUUGACUUCACACCGAAACAUCUUCCCGGCCUCUCAAAUCGCGCAGCAGAUGCACUCUCGCGAAGACCUGAUCUUUGCGCUACGAGUCCGAUCCAUAUUUCGCCACGCUAUAUGCGCAGCUAUCUUCGGAUCACCCACCGGCCAACCACUAUUGCAUCACUGAUGGGUACUUUCUCCUGCAUUCGCGGGGCAAGGACUUACUAUGUGUCCCACGCUACCGCCGUCUUCGGACUCGCCUCCUCGGCGAGUAUCAUGAUUCGCGACUCGCCGCGCUACUGCACGGCUUCGACAGCGAUUCCGAUGUCACCGAUGUCACGAGACGGGCAGACGGAGCGGGCACAUCAAACCGCUCAAAUGAUGCUUCGUACGCUCAUCCGUCCGGACCAGAAAGAUUGGGUUGAGCGCCUCCCCGACAUCAAGUUCGCCUACAACACUUCGGUGCACCCGGCGAUCGGCGUGACUCCAUUCGAGUUGCACCACGGUGGACGGAAAGGCCGUAUCUUCGCCGACCUUCUCCUCCCACGACCAGCCGACAUCGAUGCCGCUUGCUCUCCCGCUUCCGUCCGGAAGUACAGGGAAUUGUUGGCUCACGCCCGCGCGAAUAUGCAAAAGGCUCAAGUCCGCAUGCAGCAGCAAGCCAACAAGCAUCGCGUGCCAUGUCCCAUCCGCGCCGGCGACCUGGUUUGGGUUUCCGCGGAAGAGUUUGCAUUGGAACAGGAGGUUUCACGCAAACUGCUUCCCAAGUGGUUUGGACCAUGGCCCGUAACAUCAGCCGCGGGCGAUGAGCCCAAUGGCCCUUCAUUUGUGAUCAACAUUUGCCCCCAUCUGACGGUCCAUCCAGUCUUUCACGCCUUAAAGCUGGCAACUUACACGCCAGCUAAGAGCGACGACUUUCCGGGCCGACGAUCGCAGGACCCUCCUUCUAUGGAUGGUCAUCAGGAAGUUGACCGCGUCAUCACCGAUCGCAAGUACGGCAGCAAGCUGCGACAGUACAAAGUGACAUUCAAAGCCUGCGAUCGCGACGACACUCGGUGGAUUUCAGGAGCAGAUUUGAAAGCAUCCGCACCGCUGAUCUAUGCACAUUAUGAGAAGCAAAGGUUAGCUCAGGAAGUUUCACGACCAGCCCCUCCCACCCGGACUGUGGUCCCUCCCUCAGACAGACAGCUUCGCCCUCGCAGUGUGGGACUUUCUGGCUUCAAUGUGAUUGUGCAAUCUGGAAUUUGUCAUCUCGCUAUUGCUCAUUUUCCUUGCAAUUUGGUAUCAGAGCUGGUUCGAACUACACUUGUUGAUGCUCUUCAUGAUGAGUUACAGCAGCAGUUGAGGGAUGUAGAAGACAAAAGGAAUAAGGCUAGAAUGAGAAAAGUCAGACUAGGAGCUAGGAGGCAGGAGUUAGGAGAGUUGGAAGCACUAGAUGAGUCAACACUAGAUCCUGCGGUCAUAUCAGUGCAACGCUCACUGCUUUGCGUGGCGGAGGCGCAGGUGGUGCAGCAGGAGUUGUUGGUCGAGCUAGUGGCCAGCUAUAAUCAUAUUAUGGCAGCACUGCAGGCUCCUCGUCCCAUGAUGAGGCAGCCUCAUUACUUUGUAGCUCCCCCUACGGUUGUGUGUCCCUCAGUGACGCCGUCGGAGGCAGGGCCCUCUUCCUCUCCCAUGUUUGGUAUGCCUAUCACAAGUGGUGUAGCAGCAGCUAGUGACCAGGUCCUUAGGACUUCUCCCCUACCAUCAGUGACAGUUGCAGCUACAGUCCAGCCGUCAGGACCGCCUCAGGUUAGCGUGCAACUUGUUCCAGUGGUUACGCAGCCACUGCAGCAAACACCCGGGGCAAUCCAACCCAUGCAGUGGAUGCCCAAGAUCCCCUUGUUGAGUCCUAAACCCUUCUCUGGCGACAACAAGAAGGAAGAGGAUCUGGACACCUGGGUGAGGACUGUGCCGACCUAUGUGAGGCACAAGCUCACAAGGCCAGAGCAAGAAGUUAUAGUUGCUGUAUCCUUUCUCGAAGGCUCUGCAGUGCGAUGGUUGAAUGAUCUAGUGCAGCAACAGGGCUAUGGUCAGAACUUCGAUGCCUCGGCCCAGGCCAGGACGUUGGAAGACUUCGUACGGACUAUGUAUAAUAGGUGGCAUGACCCUCAAGGGGCUCAGAAGACCACUAACUCACUUGCUAGUCUUGGUUCAAAACGGUACCGAACAGUUCGUGAGGUCACGGACGCCGUAGAACGUCUGAUCGUAAUACCUAGUGUGCGCUAUGACCCUCAGGUACUCCUCAUAGCUUAUCUGCGAUGUCUGCCCACAGAUGUCAAGAACAAGCUGGUGGAUGAGGCCACCAUCGAUGUCCAUAACUUCGCUACUUUCAGCAAGAAGGCCUUAGAUAUAGAGGCCAAGCUUGGGACCACACAGCACGGACCCGUGGACGGUAGGAAGAAGAAGCUUCUCCAAGAUUGGACGAAGAAGGGCAAUCUUAUGUUCGUCGACCAAGAUGGUCAGGCGACUGAGAUUGACGACUUCCUUGACUAUGGGGAAGACACAGAGCAGGAUGGGGCUAGUGAGACUUCGGAUGGGGGAGUCGUGGCACCCAUCAAGGAAAAGGCUAAGGGAAUCGGGAAAUAGAAGGGAUGUCGGUACUUCACAAAGAUAGAUUUGAAGUCCGGAUCUGAAGUCCGAAUCUGAAGUCCGGAUCUGAAGUCCGGAUACCAUCAGAUUGCCACUAGGCCUGAGGAUCAACACAAAACCGCUUUUCAGACCAGGUACGGUCUGUAUGAGUUUGUGGUGAUGCGCUUUGGACUAUGCAAUGCUCCUGGUACAUUUCAGCACGCAAUGAAUCCGAUGUUCCGUGACUACCUAGAUAAGUUUAUCGUCGUGUACCUCGACGAUAUCCUAAUCUUUAGGACUGUAGAGGAGCACGCUGAGCACUUGAUAAAUAGUGCUAGGUCUC